AUGUAUGCAGAGCAGGUGUUGGCUGAGUUGUGGGUCCUUGCACUUGCUGUUAAUCACCGUCUGCAUAUAUUCGAAAGUGGUGGUAGCGACCCUCUGGUUCUCAAAAAGUUUCUGGUUGGUAGAAACGUUUUUGUGUUCCACCCCCAAGACUAUGAUCGAGUUCUUGGGCUUUUUUUUUUGGACGUUCUUGACAUUCGAAAUCCAUGUAUCUGGACUUUGUUUGUCAGUGUUGCUGAUUGUUUCUUGCAAGCAUUUGACUGUCGUGUAUUUGAAAUUUGCUUGCCUGUGUUUCUGGCUACUGUUUGCAGUAAUUUGGCAGCUGUGUAUCCAGACUUUGCGCUUGACUAUAAUAUAUCUGGACUUCAUCUGUCUGCUGUUCUGUCUGUUGCUCUAUCUGUUGUUCCGGUUGCUGUUCUAGUUGUUGUUCUAGUUGUUGUUCUCAAAAAUAUGACUACCGCAUAUAUCUGGGCUUUACCCUGGGUCUGGGUUUUGACCUUGUUAACACAUGCCAGAAUCUUAAGCUAUGGAGCUGGGCGGUUAAGUUUUCUGGUAGUCAUCCAUCCUACUUGUUCAAAAUUGGUGAAACUAGACUUCUUGGAGAAAUAUUAUUCAAUUUCUUGGUCUGCUUUUGGUUUCUAUCCAGUUGAUCAGGCAGAGUCGAUAGACAGAUUUCUCAAAGUCUAG